GUUAAACUAAGUGAACAAUCGCGUUUGCGACGUGCAAAGUGGUGACAGUAAACUUAAAUCGUUAAAAAAAAUUAAAAGACAACAUAUUAUCAAUCGAAACAAGCAAACAUUAAUGUUUCAAUAAAAUAUCCGAGCCGACAUUGGUGAUUUUCCUUACUUGACCAUCAACAACAAAACCACCGAAUCAAUAAAGAUAAAAAACAUACUAGGAAUAAAGCGAAAUCUGGUAACGCGAAGAAGAAAUAUAGAAAAAGAAGAAGAAGUUGACAUAAACGACGUCGACAUUGAAUAAAUAGGAGAGCAAAAGAAUAAGGUUUUAUUUUCAAUGAAAAGUGAAAGUGUUCAAAAGAUGAUGAUUCGCUGCAUAUUUAUUUUUGGACUUGUAUUACUGGCGUUAGCAAAAUCGGAAGACGCAUACGAAAUAAAGCAAAGGCAUUUUAGAGCAAUCGAUUUGGACAAACAUUCAUUCCAUUCGACAAAAAAUCGGCCUGAAUUAGAUCCCAUAACAAGUGCUUUGAUUAACGCUGAUGUUAGACAAUCAAUUGAUGCAAAAAAACGUCAUGCCGAAUAUGAUUCGAGUCCUUUAUCGGAAGCAUCGAAGGUCGGAACAACGAUUGUGACAACAACAACAUCAGCUCCUGUUCAAACAACGGUUAAGUAUAUACCCAAAGCUCAAGAUGACACAGUUGUUGUGGACUCUCUUGUAGACUCUACCUCGGAAAAGAAACAGACAUCAAGAAUUGAAGUGAAAAAAGGACCGAAUGGUGUCGACUAUGAAUACGAGUACGUAUAUUACUACUAUGAUGAUGAUAAGGAUAAGGAUACUAAGAAAUCAGCAACUGUUACCGAUGAUAAAUCGAUUGAAAGCCAAAAUAAUGGAAAAAAUCGAUACGAUAAAAUCAGCACGACACCAAAACCAAGCUUUGAACGUAAUGAAUUGCCAACAUCGCGCGGCAAAGGCCGUCAAUCAAUUCCAGUAGUUGAAGAAACAAGCGAAGAACGUUUGCCUGUGAAUACGAGAUUCCCGCCGCGAAGUACAGCCACACCAUCUGUUCAGGUUCUCAGCAAUGUAGAUGAAACAACAAAAAAGAUAAGCAUCAAACGUCCGAGCUUGGAAUUAGUUGACAGUCAGUCAUUUAAUCGCGGUGAAAAAGUACAAUCAAAGGGACGUAUUUUGGAAAAUGAAUUUUCGAAAGCAAAUGAUUUGAAAAUCAGCGAAAAUCCAACCAAUACACCUAGUGUAACGGAAUCAGUACCACAAAGUGCCACAUCAACUAGCGAUAGUGAGGAAACAACCACACAGGUUAUGGACAAAGUUGCAUUGGAUUUGUAUGCACAUUUAGUUAACGAAAAUUCAAAUAUUGACUUGAGCACAAGCGUUACACCUUUCGACGAAUCAAGCACUUUAUCAGAUAGUUUGCCAAUAACCACAGAGGAGCUCAUAACAACUGAAACACUAACAACAACAACUGCUGCUUCAACUACUGAAGCGACAACAACCACAACCACAACCACAACAACCGAACCAUCGACUCUCAUUAAUGGUCGACGUACUCCAUCAUUUGGCGCAGGUCGUAGAAAUACAUUGAAAGGACGAUCAAAACCAACGGAAUCUAAAGUAACCUCAGAAGAACAAUUAAAGGAAAGCUCUCCGCUUUCAUCGGAAAUUACAUCGACUCAAAAUAAACCCAAGAAUCGAUUCUCGCGACCAACAUUCAGCGGUCGAACACGUCCAACAUCAACAGCUGUCACGUCAACCGAAGAAGACUUAAGUGUAAAAUCAAGCACCAAACCAGUUAGUGUGUCCGCAUCUGUACAACGAGGCCGAACACGAAAUCGCUUCAAUCUUCGAUCAUCAACCCCUGUUUCAGUAAGCUCUGAAGAAAAGAAUGCAGAUGAAAAUGCAAUUGAUACAUCUGCACAAAGUACAUCAACUCAACGGCCAUUACGUACGCGACCAACCUUUAAUUUACGUGGAAGAUCACGAGCAACGGCCUCUAGCACGGCAGCACCAUUAACAGAUGGUAAUACUGAAUCAUCUGUUACCGAAGCAAAAUUAGAUGGUGAAGAAAAAUCAUCAACAGCGGCCGCAUUAAAACCAUCGUCCCGUUUCAAUCUUAGACGACCAAAUCAAUUACUAUCCACACGGGGCAGAAUCUCUCCAUUUGCCAAAGUAUCUGCGUCAGCCGAACAAUCGCUUGAAAUAAGUAGCUCAACUGAAUUAACAGCAGGAAGCAGCACAUCAACAGUUGAUACGAACAAAGAAUCCGCUGCUGACGCUGAAUCAGAACAAAUUGCUGCUGAACCAUCAACUACUCCACAAACUGGACUAAAUCGUCUACGUAAUCGUCCACGUAUUCAAAUACAACCAAAAGCCACAAAUACUAACAAACAACCGACAGCUGCAUCAUAUAUUAAUGCAAAUCGAAAAGUAAAUCCAUUAAUUUCCCGUCGAAAAAUUGGCUCAUCAACAACUACAGAGGAAACUCCAGCUACAGAAAACAACGAAGCAUCAGAGGAAGUAAAACAUCCACAAAGUGAGUUGAAAGAGGAUAGUUUGGAAAAUGAGGGUAAUGCCAAAGAAGAAGAAGCACCACCAGCUUUAGUUGAAGCAUCUUCUGAAGCACCGCGAGGCUUAGGUCUAUUAGCAAAUAGAAGAAGACUAGCAAUACGCCGACCUGGUACAAUAUAGUUUAGUUUUAGUUAACAAUAAAAUUAACUAGAAUAGUAAACGAUGUUAUAUCUAGCUGAAUAUUGAAUGAGUACAUAGUAAAUCAACAACAUAGAAAAGAGUAAAGACGGCAAGCAAUGUUAUGAUACGAACAAUUGUGAUUUUAUUGAAGCAAACCGGCAUGGACAAUGGACACCAUUUUCAAAUAAUACUCAAGCGAUUAAUUCUUGACAUUUUGUUGACUAAAACAAAUGUAAAACUCAUUUAAAUUUAAAAAAAAAGUAAAUUUUGUUUUAAAUUGUGCCACGAUUCUAGCUAAAAUUAUAAUAAA